AUGGAAAAAUUACAGAAUGAAGUGAGAGGAUUAGCCCAAGGGAAAGCAGAGGUAACAGAGGAUGACUUAGGAAAUAUGCAGUAUCUGAAAGCAGUGAUCAAAGAGAGUCUCAGGCUUCAUCCACCAAUUCCACUACUAGUUCCUCGAGAAUCAAUAGAAGACAUAAAAUUACUUGGCUAUCAAAUUCCUGCUAAAACUGGAGUCAUUAUCAAUGCUUGGUCAAUCGGAAGAGAUCCUUUAUCAUGGGAAAAUCCAGAGGAGUACCGACCAGAGAGGUUUUUAAAUAGUAAUAUUGAUGUGAAAGGAUUAAACUUUGAGUUGAUUCCGUUUGGAGCAGGCAGAAGGGGCUGCCCAGGAACUGGUUUUGCUAUUGUGGUAAUUGAGCUAGCAUUAGCAAGGAUUGUGCACAAGUUCAAUUUAGCAUUACCAGAAGGGUUAAAACCGGAGGAUUUGGUUAUGACGGAAGGCAGUGGCAUCACUAUUCGUAGGAUAUCACCUAUGCUAGCAGUGGCCACUACAUGUUCUAGUUAUUAUUAA